AUGGCUGACACGCAGCCUGCCCAGACAGCCGUCGCUCACGAGGUGCCCGCUGCGGCUGCCACGGAGCACAGCUCGUCCGAGCACGAGGCCUCGGCGGCCGUGGGCCCGCACGACAACGAAAAGGCCGCCGUCGAGCGCGCGGAAGGCGGCGGUGCGGCCGGUACAACAGCGUCGCACAGCUACAUUCCCGAAAACGACGAAGACUACGACGUCACCUUCAAGACGUGGAUUGUCGUCUUUAUUUUGUCGGCCAGCUACGGCAUUUCCUUUUGGAUCGUGCCGGCCAUCAAUUCGUGCGCGCCCACCGUCGCCACGCUGCUCGGCGACCCGACGGCGUACGCGUGGUACGUCUCGAUCUACCUCAUCACGAUCACGAUUGCGUUUAUGAUCUGCGGCGCCAACAGCGAUUUGUUUGGCCGGCGCUGGUUCAUCACCGGCGGCAACGUGCUGCUGUUUGUCGGCUUCAUUGUCGGCGGCUCCGCCAAGAACAACACGGCCAUGCUGGCGGCCAUGGGCCUGAUUGGGUUUGGCGCGGGCAACGCGCAGCUCGCCGCCUUUGCGCUGCCCGAGCUGCUGCCCAACAAGUGGCGCCACAUUGCCAUUGUCAUUGCCGACCUGUUUGUGCUUUUUAGUGCUGUCGUGGGCCCCGUGGCCGGCCGCUUCGCCGUGGCCGUCAGCACGUCCGCCUGGCGCUGGCUGUUUUACGGCCCGGCCAUUGCCGCCGCGCUCUCGUUCCUCGGCCUGUUUCUGUACUACUACCCGCCGGCCCACCCGCGCGGUCUGCCGUUCCGCCAGGCCGUGCGCGAGCUCGACUACGGCGGCGCCCUGCUGUUCACGGUGGCCGCCGUGCUGACGCUCGUCGGCAUCAACUACUCGAUCCAGCUGCCCUCGAGCGACCCCAAGGUCGUCGGCACGCUCGUGUCCGGCCUCGGCACGCUGCUCGUCUUUGCUCUGUACGAGACGUUUGUGCCCCUCAAGCAGCCGCUGACGCCCACGCGCGUCUUCACCAAGGGCCGGGGCCGCGACCUGACGGCGCCGUUUGUGGCCGCCUUUGUCGUCACCAUGUUCUACUAUGCCAUCAACGUCAUCUACCCGACCAUGAUCAACGUCUUCUUCACCGACGCCAACACGAGCUUCCGCUACCAGAUCGUGCUGACGCUGCCGGCCAACCUCGGCCUGUGCUUCGGCGCCUUCCUGCUGUCUGUCCUCGGCACCCGCAUCGGCCACUGGCGCUGGACGCUGACGGGCUCCGUGUUCAUCAUGGUCCUCUUUGGCGCCCUCAUGGGGCUGGUGACGCCCGAGCGCAAGGGCCUCGCCAUUGCCCUCGUAUUCAUCGAGCAGAUCGGGUUCGGCUGGGCCCAGUAUCUGUCGAUUGCCUUUGUGCAGUUUGGCACCGACCAGGUCGAGCUCGGCAUCGCCGGGGGUCUCGCCGGCGUGUCGCGCUUCGCCGGCGGCGCCGUCGCCAUCACCGUCUUCUCGACCAUCCUGUCCAACGUCACCACCAAGAACAUGAAGGCGCUCGUCCCCGCCGCGGCCACGGCCGCCGGCCUGCCCGCGUCCUCGGUCGAUGCCCUGCUGGCCGCCCUGCCGCUCGGCGCCACCGCCCUCGAGGCGGUUCCCGGCAUCACCGACGCCAUCAUCGCCGCCGCCGGCAAGGCCUACCAGCAGGCGUAUGUUGUGGGCGUGCGCACGACGGCGCUGUCGUCGCUGUCCUUUGGCAUUGUCGCCAUCAUCGCCUGCAUCUGCUGCAACGACAUUGACAAGAAGAUGAACAACAAGAUUGAGAUCUACCUCGAGAACGACGUCAACGCCGACAAGAACAAGUACCACUAG